UUCUUCUUCUUCUUCUUCUUCUUCAAAGAUCAAGAGAUCGCUUCAUACAGUUCCACCUUCCAAGAUCUUCCUCAGCAGCUACAGAUGGUGAUUCCACCGGCAGUAAGACCACCACGUCUCUUCGACUACCUCAAACCUUACGUGCUGAAAAUGCACUUCACAAACAAGUUUGUUCACGCACAAGUCAUCCACUCGCCAACAGCUACAGUGGCUUGCUCAGCGAGCUCGCAGGAGAAAGCAUUGAGGGAAACAAUGGACAUCACACGGGACGUCGCUGCUGCUUCAAAGAUUGGUAAGAUUCUUGGAGAAAGACUCUUGAUGAAAGAUAUCCCAGCUAUUACUAUCCAUAUGAAGAAAGAGCAGAGGUAUCAUGGUAAAGUGAAGGCUGUUAUCGAUUCUGUAAGAGAAGCUGGCGUCAAGUUGCUUUGAGGAUUAUUCAAUAAUCUGAAGCAGUUUCAUCUUGUUAAUUUGGAACAUUGUCGUUUCUUUUUCCGGUUAAUCGGAUAGUUUGAGAUUAGAUUGGUGUCACAAUUAAAGCCUUGCUUUAUUAAAUCCAUGUUUCUUGCUUAAGGAGAACAAGAGCUAAUGAAUGUUAUAAAACUUAUCAGCUUUGACAAUGGAAAUAAAAUAGAUUAUAGUAUAAAAA